AGCUGGCUGACAAACUCACUCGACACUCACUCGAGUCUGAGUUCGCCAUCGAGCCAGAGUAGCUAGGCAGCUGAUCCAGCCAGUCAGUGUGUUUUUAUCGACCGGGGUCGGGCAGCAGCAGAUAGAAAGAACACCGUCGUCAGUCAGUGUUGUUGGUUCGGUCGGCGGCCGCCAUGCUCCGCAGAUAACGACGAGUUUCGUUCUUCAAUUAUUUUCCGAAAUCAAAGUGGACUUGAAAUGUACGCUUACGCGGCCGGCCCGCCGCACUACGCGGCCCCGCCGACCUACCUGCCGCCGCAGAUGCCCCCUGUACCUGUGCCCACACCACCUGUGCCUCAGCCGGCGGGACUCUCGCCGCACACCAAGCGCCGCAGGUCAGAUGAAGAAGACGCUAGUGGAAGCAAAUACACUCGAAUGGAGGAAGAAAGCAUUCAGGACAAAGAGCGGUUUGCCAGUAGGGAGAACCAUUGCGAAAUCGAGCGCCGGCGGCGCAACAAGAUGACGGCCUACAUCACCGAACUCUCGGACAUGGUGCCCACGUGCAGCGCGCUCGCCCGCAAGCCGGACAAGCUCACUAUCCUCCGGAUGGCCGUCGCGCACAUGAAGGCGCUCAGGGCUGAUGAUUCAGGCACGGGGAACACUAGCACCGACGGAACCUACAAGCCGUCCUUCCUCACCGACCAGGAGCUGAAACACUUGAUCCUCGAGGCGGCCGACGGAUUCCUCUUUGUCGUGACCUGCGACACCGGACGCGUCAUCUAUGUAUCAGACAGCGUCACGCCCAUCCUCAACCAGGCACAGAACGAAUGGUUUGGCUCAUGUAUUUUUGAUCACCUUCACCCUGAGGACGUCGAGAAGGUCAGAGAGCAGCUCAGUACUCAGGAACCGCAAAACACUGGGAGGAUUCUCGACCUCAAAACCGGAACUGUUAAGAAGGAAGGACACCAAUCAUCAAUGCGGUUGUGCAUGGGUUCACGGCGAGGCUUUAUCUGCCGUAUGAAAGUGGGCAACAUGCCCCCAGAUGGAAUGGUGGGCACCCACCUGCACCGCCUCAAGCAGCGCAACUCGCUGGGUCCCUCCCGUGACGGCCAGAACCACGCCGUCGUCCACUGUACCGGGUACAUCAAAAACUGGCCGCCCUCGGGGGUGCAGAUGGACCGUGGUGACGAAGAUCCUUCCGGCACCUCACACUGCUGCCUCGUUGCCAUUGGCAGACUGCAGGUCACCUCGACCCCCAACACGUCCGACCUUACUGGAUCAAAUUCUGCAUCAGAAUUUAUCUCUAGACACUCGAUGGAGGGAAAGUUCACUUUUGUAGACCAAAGAGUGAUGGGUCUUUUGGGCUAUUCACCGCCUGAGUUGCUGGGCAAACCGUGUUUUGAAUAUUUCCACCCCGAGGAUCAAACCCACAUGAAAGAAAGUUUUGAGCAAGUUCUGAAGUUGAAGGGCCAAGUACUGUCAGUGAUGUACCGGUUCAGAGCCAAAAACAGGGAAUGGGUAUGGUUACGAACAGCAGCUUUUGCCUUUUUGAACCCCUACACUGACGACGUAGAGUACAUAGUGUGCACCAACACGUCUGCAAAAGCAUUGCAAAACCCUGAAACUGGGGUGGACGCUGUGCCUGGAACUGCAGCCCCUGAACCCGUGCCAUAUCAACAACCAGGCCUAGACUACAGCAUGCAACGCCGUGACGUCUACUCAUCCCACAUGAUCGGAUCCCACCUGCAACCGCAAGCGCAGCAGCAGGCCCGUCCAGCCAGCGCGCAGAACAUGUAUGGUAGCUAUGUAGAGCCAACAGCGUCCCCCGUGGCGUAUGGCUCGCCCCAGCCCACCGCUGGCUCAACAAACUCUGCCUCGGUUUUGAGCCGAAUCGCAAAGACAUCGACCACAAGUCCAACGCCAGCACAAACCGCCUGGAGCCAACCUCACCUCAGACAGCAACCUGUCACUGAGGGCUAUCAGUACAGCCAAAUCAGCCCAUCUAGAUCGCCAAGUGGGCCAACGUACACCAACCUCGGCCCUGGUGUACGUGGACCACUGCCCCCCACACAGGCCCCUACAUAUCACCCAGCUACGACAGCACCUAGUGCAAUGUGGCAGUGGCAAAACUCAAGCCAGGCGUCCGACUCGGGUCCAGGGUCUAGCAGCUCUUCGGCAGGACCUCCACCAGGGCCUUCUGGGCCUGGUGGGCCGACGCAGCCUCAGGAGUUGACGGAAAUGCUGCAGAUGCUGCAGGAACAGUCGGGAACAGGCAAUUUCGAGGAUUUGAACAUGUUCAACACAAAUUUCGAGUGAAUAGUGCCUGCCUAACAUUGUUCGUCAGAUCAUCAACUGCACAUUGAAUGAAAAAAUAAGAACGGAACUGACUCAGCUCAUACCGAAAUGAAAAAGAAUCACCCUGUGACUACAUAUCUCCCAGCCAAUUUAGUGCACGUCCUUGUUUUCUCAAUACACCCAAACACACUACUUUUGAUUUUUAAUUCAUCAUUUAAAAAUUGUUGUUUUUUUUUUUUUU